CUAAAAGCAUAUCAUAAUGAUUCUUACAAAUCAAAAUCAGAGAAAUCUUAUCAUGAUCAGAUUUUAGCCAGUUAUAUAAAAUAUGGUAGAUUGUGGUGGAUACUUGCAGGGACAUUGGGAGUUAGUAUCCUGUUAGUUGGGGGUGAGUUAAUGAAAUCCAUCAAAAAUGAUUCGUUCAAUAAGGAUGAAAUCAAUGCCCUUAUUACUUUAGUCUUGAACACUUAUCCAGGCACUAUUCACACCUUCUAUGAGUUGAAGCCUGUGGUCAAAUCUCUAAUGUUUAGACAGAUCACAGAAGAUCUCUGUCAGGCCAUUUUGAAUAAUAAGAUUAGCAUCUUCGGGAGAUAG